CUAAAAUAACAUAGAAGUAAAAGAUGCUAGCACUAUCCCCUCCAUUGUUUUCAACAACCUAUGGAUGGCCCAUGGAGGAUCAGCUUAUUGCGAACAAUCUUCCAUAUGAUUGCACUGAAGAAAACUCCUAUAGUUCACUUCUUGAUUUACAUGUACAUGAUCAAAUCAAUCAUAAAUAUACGGAUCAUUCCACUUCUUCUGGGGGAGCUGCAAAUAGUGGUGGCGGAGACAGUAUGAUGGUGGAAAAGAAGCUCAAUCAUAAUGCAAGUGAAAGACACCGUCGUAAGAGGGUUAACGAGUUGUAUUCGUUUCUUCGUUCAUUACUACCCAUUUCAAGUGAUCAAAAGAAAAAAGUAAGCAUUCCAGGGACAAUAUCCCGUGCGCUAAAAUAUAUACCCGAACUACAAAAGGAAGUGGAUACACUAAAACGUAAAAAAGAAAAAUUGUCCUCGCAUCCAACUGCUAGCACAAGGAAAGAACAUCUUGGCAUAAAGGAACAAAGUGCUAAAGUUUCAGUGAACAUUUUAGGUGACAAAGAAGUUGUCAUUCAACUGAUUUCCUCAACUGAUCAUAUGAGCAAGACUAAGGAGAUUAAUUAUUUGUCUAAGGUUUUUGAGGACUUAGAGCAGGAAGAAGAUGUGUUUGUUUUGAAAAAUGCAACAGGCUUUAAAUCUUUAGGAGAAGGGAUGAUAUUAAGUACAUUGCACCUUCAGGUACAAGGGGAUCACAAAAUAGAGGUUGAAAAGUUGAAGGAGAAGCUCAUCACUUUCCACCAAUGAUUAGAUUAACUAAGAGCUAUCAUUGGCUAUAGAUAUAAUAUCAAGUGAUGAUCAAUACCCUACUAAGCAACGGGAGCACACAGAAAACACAGCUUGCGUAUCAAGAAGGUUAAAGGAAACAAAACAAGUUGAAGCUAGAUCAAAUUAUGAAAACUUUACUAGAGAAACUUAAGGGAGUGAUGAUGAUCUUUUUACUUAGUAGCAUCCUUGGUAGCACGAUCAUUGUUAUAAAAUCUAUCCAUCUGUACAUACCGGUGUCUGUGGAUAUCAUUUCAUGAAAUUCCCUAGCAUUUUUAUACUUGUGUUUCUGCUUAAUGAA